GGAUGGAGAUGAAAAUACAAAGAUCCUCAAUGGAAUUUUUAAGUGUUUUUUCAGCUCCACAAAAGAACAAAGAGGAGGAUCUUGUUUAUUCUCAAGUUGUACCAAAACAAACAUUUUCCUCUGCACCACCAUACCAGGAGGAACCAGUUUAUUCAGAAAUCAAAAAAGGGAAACAAAAGAGAAAAACAGAGAAUGCACCAACAGCAGAAGUCCAAGGAUCUGGCAGCAGGUUUCGUCCCCUGUUGGUGUGUUUGGGGAUCAUUUGUUUCCUCCUGUGUGUGGCCAUCAUCGUCAUCAUCAUUUACUUCACCAUGGCAACAAACAAAGAGAAGCAAAAUCUCAGUGACCUGGAAGCAAAAAAUGAGCAACUGAGAGAAUUACAAAUCCAAACUGAAGAUCUGAGGAUGAACAUGACGAAAUUAGAGAAUCUGACUGAGCAUCUGACUGCUGAGAAUAUGUUCUUAGAGAACAAAACCAAGGAGAUGAAGGUUAUCAUGACAAUCCAACAAAUGCAGAUCGAGCAGCUGAGAAACAACAGUGACGAACUCAACAGGAUCCAGGCAGCAAUCAUCAGUUACACAAACUUUCCAGGCGAUCUCUUCUGUCCUGUUGAAGUUUGUCAGAUGUGUCCCAAUGACUGGAUUGAGUUUAAUAAAAGCUGCUAUUAUUUUUAUAACUUUAACUCUUCAUUGAAAACAUGGGAUGAAAGUCGACAGUUUUGUCAGAACAACAAAUCAGACCUGGUGGUUAUCAGCAGUCAAGAGGAACAGACAUUCAUCAAAAACAGAACAGAUUACUGCAAUGACACCCAGUACGGAUACUGGAUUGGUUUAAGAAAAAUUUCCAACAACUGGACCUGGGUGGACGACACUCAAGAGACACUUGGGAACUGGAACAACGAAGGGAGCCCAGAAAAUUUUACACUUAUUAUCCAAAAUGCAACUGAGAGUCACAGCUGGUACAAAGAGAGAAAUAGCGCUCUGAACAGAUUCAUCUGUGAGAUUAAAGCUUUAAUUUUCUGAUUAGUUAAACUGA